AUGAAAGCUUUGAUUUUAUUAAUUUUGGGUUUGAGUGCCUAUGCCUUUACAGAGUAAAUGAUGUCUUUGGAAGAAUUAGGAAACUUUAAUGUAAAAACAAUGGAUUGCUCAAGAUCAGAUUAAUUUUCAUUUAUAGAAAAACAAAUGAAAUAAUGGGAAGAUUUGUUAAUUCAUCAAAAAGCUAUUUCUCAUGAUAUCAAGAUCUUAGAGUAAAUGGAGAAAAUGCUGACAACAAAGCAUCAUUCUUUCUUAGAAGCCUAAGUUUCAGUUUCAGGAAAGAAAUUACUUAAGAAAUUACACAAAUUAGAAUUGCCUUUAACUAAAAGCAAGAUAGGUUUAAGUCAAGUAAAGGCUUUAAGAGAAUAGUGUCAUGCUUUAGAUUCUGAAAGUAUAUAUAAAUAUGAUAAAAUGUAUAGGUCAUGAAGAUAGAACAGCAGCUAAAAAAGAAUUAUGUAGAUUAUUAAGAGAAUAUAUAAAUAGCCUUAAUAAUUGCAGAUAAUAAUGUAGAAGUACACCAAUAACAGUAAUAAAGAUCAAAGGUUAAAUUAAAGAUCUUGAAAUCAUUAGAGGAGGAUGUUCAAAUAAUGGAUCUUAGAAUGGAGUUAAAGUAACAUCUGAAGAUGAUGAAACUCAUGAAAUUACUAUUCAUCAUCAUCAUCACGGAAAAACAACUUCACAAGCAACUACACAUUCAGAAUCAGAUGCAGAUACAUAAGAAUCAGUUCCAGAUUAAUAAACAUCAACUACAGAGACUGAAGAAACAACUUAGACAGGUGAAGAAACAACUUAGACAGGUGAAGAAACAACUUAAACAGGAGAAGAAACAACUUAAACAGGUGAAGAAACAACAGAAGAAGAAACUGUAGAAUAAACUGGUGAAGAAACAACUGAAGAAACAACAGAAGAAGAAACUGUAGAAUAAACAGGUGAAGAAACCACUGUUGAAACAGGUGAAGAAACUACUGAAGAAACUACAUAGACAGGUGAAGAAACUACAUAGACAGGUGAAGAAACAACUGAAACUACAGAAACAACAGAAGAAACAACUGAAACUACAGAAGAAACUACACAAACAACAGAAGAAACAACAGAUACAACAGAAUGAUAAAGUAAUCAAAAAUAUUAAAAUAAUAA